AUGAAUGUAAAUGAAAAUUCCACCUGUAAUGUUUCCAAAAAUUCGGAAAUGGGCAAAGUCUUGCAACAAUGCAAAUUAAUAGUGUGGGAUGAAUGUACAAUGGCCCAUAAGAAAUCAGUGGAAGCCUUAGACAGGACAUUGCAAGACUUGCGUAGUAAUGAUCAACAGAUAUUUGGUGGCGCUUUGAUUCUGUUGGCUGGUGAUUUUCGUCAGACAUUGCCUGUGAUUCCCCGUUCAACAACAGCAGAUGAAUUAAAAGCAUGUUUAAAGCCAUCUUAUUUAUGGAGACAUGUACAAAUACUCAAUUUGACUACAAAUGUGCGAGUACAAAUUCAAAACGAUCCAUCGGCCGACACAUUUUCAAGGCAACUGUUGGCAAUAUGCAAUGGUCAACUUGCUGUUGAUCGUGAAACUGGCUUAACCACUUUACCAGAUAACUUUUGUAAUAUUGCAUCGACAAAAGAAGAAUUGGUGUCAAGUGUUUUUCCAAAUAUUGCAGAAAAUUAUCGCAAUCAUAAUUGGUUAGCUGAAAGAGCUAUACUGGCCGCUAAAAAUAAAGACGUUGGUCAAAUGAAUGCAGACAUUUUAACCCAUGUUCCUGGCGAACUUGUAACAUAUCAAUCAGUUGACACGGUUACGAAUCAAGACGACGCUGUUAAUUAUCCGACAGAAUUUUUGAAUUCAUUGGAUUUACCCGGAUUUCCACCUCAUCGUUUACAAUUGAAAGUGGGUGCUCCCAUUAUUAUGCUUCGAAAUAUAAAUCAAUCGAUUAUGCAAUGGGACAAGAUUAGCGGUUAA